AUGACACAAACGGUGGUUGUCUUGGGUGGAAGCCUGGGCGGUAUGGCGGUCACCCACCAGCUUCUCAAGUACACCCGGCCUCACCAGGAAGACCUCAAAGUUAUACUUGUCUCCAAGAAUAGCCACUUCUACUGGAACCUCGCAUCCGUUCGCGCCAUUGUUCCAGGUGUUGUAAAAGACGAGGAGAUCUUCGCUCCUAUUCAGCCCGGCCUGGACCAAUAUCCUCCUGGAAGUGCUCACUUCAUCGUCGGCACUGCAUCGGCCGUUGAUCCUGAAGCGCGCACCGUAACGGUUGAACCAGAGACUGGAGCCAGCACGAAGCUGAAAUAUGACCACCUUGUCAUUGCUACCGGAGCCGAGACCGUUGACCCAUCACUUCCAUGGAAGGCUUCCACCUCACAUGAAGAGCUCGUAGCAAGUCUUCACCGCACCGCUGACAAGGUCGAGAGGGCUACGCAUGUUGUUAUCGCUGGUGCCGGAGCUACAGGUGUUGAGCUGGCAGGCGAAAUCCAGUAUGCUUAUCCUUCGACUACUGUUGUGCUCCUCUCAGCCGACGAUAAAGUUCUUGGAGGAGACUCGAUUGCCGGCCGUGCUGAAUCCGAACUCCGCCGUUUAGGAGUUGAGAUCCGUGCCAGUGUUCGCUCUGAGGAGACUACCGAACUUCCCGAUGGCAAAACGCUUGUAAAGUUGUCGAAUGGCGAAAGUAUAGCAACAGAUGUUUUCCUGGCGACUAUGGGGCUCCGACCCAAUUCAGGAUUCCUACCCAAGGAGUGGCUUAACGAACAUGGCUACGCAGAUGUGGACGAUGAGAUGCGCGUCAAAGCCGCAAGUGGUGUGUGGGCGGUUGGAGACGUUGUGUCCAAACCUCGUGCUGGUUUUCUAAUUACAGAGGCCCAGGCUGCUGGUGUCUAUAAGAACAUUGAUCUAGUGCUCAAAGGCAAAGAGCCACAACCCGUGAGUGGUCCUCGGGUGGACGCUUUUAUAUGCGCCACGGGUCGAAGUCGUGGAGCUGGACGGCUAGGCAAAGUCCCUGUGCCGUCACUAGCUGUAUGGACAGUCAAGGGUCGGACGUUAGGUCUUGAGCGUACGAAAAAGUACGCCAAUGGGACUAUGUGGUGA